AUGGCGCCCGCCUGCUUGGCGGCGCUCGCGCCACUUGCUCUCGCGCCCGCCGCCAGCGCUUUUCCGUCCUUCCGCACGAGGGUGCCGAUGGGCACCCGGGUGCCUUGCCCGCCAGGAGCCGAGGGCUGCUCGGAGGGCUCUGCCGGCCUGGGCGAGCCCGCAUCAGUCUGCCGCGGGCUGGGCCACACCAGCUGUGCGGGUGGCACGCCGACGCUUAACCCCUUCGGCGAGGCGCUGCGUGCUGCCGACUUCCAGUGGACGACGGCGCUCUGCCAGGCGGACAGCGACGGCGACGGCCAGACCAACGGCCAGGAGCUCGGCGACCCGUGCUGCCCGUGGUUCACCGGCGCGCCAGACUCAGCGUACAUGGCGGGCUUCAGCCCUUCGCACCCUGGGGACGCGGCCAGCAACCAGGGAGCGGGGUAUGGGUCCCCAGAGUGCGACGCAGGCGUUGCUCCCGCCUGGCCAGUCGAUCAGGUGGCCGCGUUCAACCAUGGCGAGGAGCAGCGACGGGUGGACUUCAUCAUCAAGAACUACACGAUCCCAUCUGAGAGGACCACCUACGUGGACUUCGUUUUCAACUUCCGCGAUACGGAUCACUCGGUCUACCACAUCGUCUUCGGCGAAGCUCUGGUGGACCAGCCGAGGCACCUGCACCACUACGUCGUCACGGGUUGCGACAGGCAUGUGGCUGACUACCUCGAGGGCGUUCCCAAUCCCGCUAUCGGGGGUAUCGACUGCAACAUUCCCGUCGGUGGCUUCUCAGGCUGGGCACCCGGUGCUGUCCUCUGGGACAUACCGGUGCAUGUGGGGGUGCCCAUCGGCGAGGGCGUCGGGAUCGUGGGCUUCAGGGUGGAAGUUCACUUCACGGACGGAGACCUCUAUCCGGGCGGCGUCUCCCAGGACGGGCUUAGAGUGCACUACACGCCCGAUCUGCGCAACGACACAAUGGACACCACCACCCCGAUCUUCAUCCCACGCAACCCCAGCAUGGUCAUUCCACCAGGCCUGAACCGCUGGUUUGUCACCCGCACCUGCGAGGUGUUGGAUGUCUGCGAAGACGUUGCCGACGAGCUUGCGAUGGAAAUGACGGGCGGCCAGACGUGCAGCACGAUUUCUUCGUCGUUCGGCCCGGCGGCUUGCAACGUCGAAUACAUCCAGCGUUAUUGUCCGGUCACCUGUGGUAUCACCUCCAAGUGCCUAGCUAUACAGAAGGGUGGUGCCCUCCCCCUGGUAAGCGUCAAUUUCCACGGGCAUCUCCUGGGAUCCGAGAUGUAUCAGACCCUGACACGCGAGGGGGUGACGUACAACCUGGGCAGCGCGUUCCCCUGGCACUUCGACGACCAGGUGACCAACUCGCUGCUGUCCAUGAACCUCAGCGUCCAGGCAGGCGACGUCCUCCAGUCCACCUGCGUCUACCAGUCGGCCUCGCGCUCGGAGGGGACCAGCUUCGGAAAGGAGACCGUGGACGAGAUGUGCAUCAUCGCCCUCGGGACCCUGCGGAGCUCCACCACCGAUCCGCCCCUCAUGGCGUUCGGCUGCCGGGGCGACGCCUGGACUGGGCAGCUGUCGCCCGGCGAGGACGGCCUCCAGGUCGCGCUGGGGCACCCGGCGUCGGAGGCGACGCUGGUCUGGCGCCCGGGGCCCUACGGCAGCGUCGUCUCCAACCCGUCGCCGCUGCGCUGGGAGCCGGAGCAGGAGACGACGGCGCCCGCGGGGGGGCCCGGGGCGGAGGAUGCGGAAGACCUGGCCUCCGGUGCGGGUCGCCUCGGGGUGCGCCGAGUCGAAACGCUGCAGCGCCAGAAGCGCAGAGAGAGCCUCGUGGCCGCGGCGCAGACGAACGCAGGCGACAAAGGGAAGAUGGAGGCCCCGAGGUUCGGAGGCCCGCUCGCGCGCGCCGUUGGCUGCGCAGUGCUGGCGGUGCCGCGCCCCGUGGAGUGGGACCCGGACGGAGAGGAAAACCUCGGCCCGGCCGAGCGGGCCGCCCGCCGUGCGGAGCGGAUGCUGGCCCGGGGCCAGCGGCGUCGCCGCCGCGCGGAGGAGAGGCAAGCCAAGGAGGAAGAGCGCAGGGAGCAGCUGAACGACUACUACCGGGAGUCGUACAACGCCAUGCCCGUGGCGAUCUCGCUCUACCGCAUGGCCGUGCAGCAGGAGCGCGGCGUGCCACACAACCUGCUGUGGCUCGCCUCCGUGUCCCUCGUGGCCUACCACGAGCUGGGCCUCAUUUCGGACUUCGAGUACGACCUGAUAGCCUGCAACUACCUGAAGGAGGCGUACGACCACGCGGACAUUGGCAGCUCCGCGGGCUUCUCCCAGCUCUCCUCGCAGGAGAAGCCGGACGUCGCGAUGCCCUCCGACGACGAGGAUUUGACGCCGGAGAAGCCGCGCAUGCCAGCUCGCCUGCAGCGCGGCCAGCGGUCGCUGAGGUUCGAGAGCGAGUUGCGCCUGACGCUGUACAAGCACUGGACCCUGGAGGAGCCUUCGGUCAUCCUCUCCACAAGACUAGCGGUCUCAUCUAGGAUGACUUCAAGGACUGCCAGGGAGGCCCGUUACGCAGCAGCCCCGUGGGCGAUGAUUUUGGACAGUCUUUCCCCAGCGGCACCAAACUUUCGUUUGACAGUUUGA